CUUGCCUUGUCAUGGAAGCAACAACACACAGCAGGCGCUCAAGGUGCUAACAGAUAGCCAGAAAGGCACACACUGGCAUGUAUCUCGUCCGGAGAGGCUGGCAAACGGGCGGGCUUCAGUUGUUCUUGGCUACCAGCGGCAAUGGCAAAGGGCCGAAAGGGGCAAUGGCACAGCUGGCUGUCAUGGCAGCGGAGUGCCAGAUUCGGACGGACACGACAGCCCGCCUGUCAAGUUUGAAAUGCCUAUCGGUAUUGCAGGCUCCGGCGGCGGCAUCCGGGCGGCGUAUUCGCCCUCGUCGGCCUGCGAGUCCCGGCCGAGAAGGAAAUCUUGCAGCGGGCGUCCUUCAUCUCGACCGUAUGCGGCUCGGGCUUCACUGUCGGAGCCAUGUACUAGGAGGUUGCGAGCCGCAAGAAGAAAAGGAGCGAUGCCAAGAGCGUGCUCAAAAGCAUCGAGUCCACCAUGGCCAGUCACUCGGAGUGGCUCACGCCUUGGCGCAAUGGCGACUCUUCUUACUAACCAUCAUCGAAGCGUAUCUUCAACACGUUUCGGCCAUCAUUCGUGUCGCACGUGCGGGAAGAAACCAAAAAAGGAAAGAGAACGGCAUGUCAUCCAUCCACAUGCGGACGCCAGGCCACCUGUACCACACUCUGCUGGGCAUUGGAAAGGCCGGCACACCGCUCUCUCCACAACAAACAAGGCUAUGCUUCACGCAUACAUUGUGGUGGUUGUGGUUGCUGUGGCUUAUGCUGUUCUGACUGCAGAGGCGGCAACGCCCAACAGCUUCGGCACCAUCCGCACCCUCUGGGCAACGUCUGGCGAAGACAAUUUUCAGGGCUCCGUCGCCAUGGGCCCCAUCUACGGCAGCGGACGGCCUGAUUUCACCCUUGUUCGCACCGGUGGCACGUAUGUGUGCAGGAACGAAGGCUCGCUGCUGGUAUCCUGGGCCUGCCCACGCGUCUACUCUAGCAGUGGUGGCAACUUUGGUGCUGUGGCCAGCGGUCGAUUUGUUAAUCAGUCGGCGCUUGUCGCCGACCUCGCCGUCUCCACCUCGAUGCCCAACGCGGGUGUGCUGAAGAACGUGUACGCCAACGGAACCUUUGAUUACGCCCAGUUCUCGGCCUCGCUGAACGCAAAGUGGCUCGCCUCGGGCGUCUUUACCACCGGCACCGAAGUCGAUCUUGUGGCGGCGACGGCGACCGAGGUCCUGGUCUUUGUCAACGAGGGCGGUGGAUCGUUCCCGCUCCAGCGAAUUGUCUACACCUCGACGGCCAUCCGCACCCCGUGUCUGGUUGCCCGCAUCUCGGAUGAUACCUUGGACGACGUCGUCUUUGCUGGCGUGACAGGCAGCGGGCAUGAUGGUAUUUGGACCGCAGUGGCCAACGGCGACGGCACCUUUACCACGGUCAUGAUUGCUGAAGCGCAGGACAGCUCGCUGAUCACCACCGCCUUUGCUGCGGGCAAUUUUGGCGGCUUUGGUCCCGGCGCCGACCUUGUCUUCUCCACCACUGGCACCAACGCGCUCUACGUGCUCAACCGCACCGCGCCCGGCGUGUGGGGCACGCCGACGAAGAUCUUCACGGCAGCAUCGAACCCGGCGUCGCUCACCACGAUUGCCGCCGAGCCAUCGGACCUCAUCAUCGUCGGCACUCAGUCGGCGCUCCACUGGCUCACCCGCAUCGGCGACAGCGCCAUGUGGAUGAGCGGAACGCGAGCCACUGGCGGCUUUCCGCUCGUCAACGUGUUCACCACCGACGUCGACGGCGACGGGCUGGACGAUGUUGUCGCCUCGUCGCGGAUCAACCUCUAUGGCUUUGCCGGCCAGUUGCUCAUGCCACCGCCGCCGCCGCCGCCGUCGCCGCCACCUCCGCCUCCACCGUCGCCACCCCCUCCUCCACCGUCGCCACCACCGCCGCCGUCGCCGCCGCCGUCGCCGCUCCCGCCGCCGCGGACCCCUGUCUCGUACGGUCCUCCGGAGACUCUACUGACGGUGGCGUCGAUGGUUGGUGCCUUCUCGCUCGAGGGCGCCAGCCUCGCUACGUCUGCGUCGCUAGUCAUUGGCUCAGGUGCUGCCGUCUCGACUUGCGGCCCGAGUUCGGGCGGUGUCUGGGCGUGUGGCUCGCCUGUCAUGCUUCCGGGUUCCCACUCGAUUGAGGCCCUGACCCGCGGCAGUGUCGAGCCCGACGCCGACAUUGUACUGUCAACGACGACGCCGACAACGACGGGCGUACUCAACGAUGCCGGGGUGUACUCGCCGUUCUCAACGCUCCUCGCGGCGUCAUGGCUAGGAACGGCAGAGUUGUCAGCCAGCGGACGGCUUGAUGUGUUGGCUACAUCAACCACGCAGGCCUUUGUCUUUUUCAACUCGGGCGACGGCACAUUUGCGACCUCGCGCACGCUGCUCACGCCCGCCAUGCUGGGCGGCGCCGUGGCCGCCGACCUCAGCACGACCGCGUCAGAUGCGAGUGCUGCGCGGGCUGUGUUUGGUGCGGCCGCGCCGCCGCCACCGGCAAACUCGCUCCUUGUCUAUGGCGCUGACGUGACCAACGGAACAACCACGCCACGGGUUUGGCGCAUCGCGGCAGCGAACGACUAUGCGCCGCAGACGGUGGUGACAAUGGCCGAUGACAUUGUCGCGGUCACGGUCGGGUACUUUGAUCCCGACGCCAGCGGCGCUCUGCCUGCGAUCAUGUUCGCGACCUCGCCCGGACCCGGCAACGACACGCUGUGGAUUGUGACGCAGCUGGCUGGCGAGUCAGGCUGGGCAAUGCCCACAGUCCAUUUGUCUCUGGCGGGAGUUCGCGCGCUCGUCACUGUUCCGUCAGCCACGCCGUCGACGGUCAACGACGGAGUGGUGGCGCGGACCGACGCCGGCCUUGUCUGGGUCCGCGACGCGGCGCAGCAGCUGCUGGCGCCGGCCGCACAACGUGUUGCAAUCGACGACAUCAACGGCGACGGAAUCCCGGACGUAGUGGCCCAGUCCGGCGAUACCUUUUCCGCGAUGUACGGCUUUGCUCCGCCGCCGCCGUCGCCGCCACCGCCACCGUCGCCUCCUCCUCCGCCGCCACCGUCGCCGCCGCCGCCCGUCUCGACGGUCGUCGUCCUCCUCAUCAUCAUCGCGGUCCUCGUUGUUGUCCUCGUCCGCAAGCGGGCCGCCAACGCCACCGGCGCUAGCUCCAAGUCUGCUGCCAACCCCGACUUUGACAGCAGCGAAGAGUUCCAACAGGCCAUGGCACAGCUCUCGUCGUCCGACUCGCAGAGUACCUGGCUUGUCCUCUACGCCACCCGGAAGCAGGUCGAAGAGGGCCCAUGUAAGGAGGCCGGUCCAUGGAGAUGGGAUGUGGUGGCCCGAGCAAAGUAUGACACAUGGUCUGCUCUGGGAAGUAUAUCCGAGGAAGAGCUUGCUGAGAACGAGGACGAGCAUCCGCCGAGCUUGCCGCCUCUGGUCGACGAUCCAGUCCUGCCGCGGGCGUAUGGCAUCGGACCACCGAGCUCGUCAUCGUCAUCGACGUCGUCGUCAUCUUCGUCGCCAGAGUCGCGCCCGUCGCGGCGGCUGUCGGACGCGUCCUCGUCGUCGCUGACGACGCUCGAGGUGGCGCUUGCCGCGCGCAAGGCUGCCCGUGCCAAGCUCGAACAAGAGGUCGUCGAGUUGCAGGAGCUUGUUCGCCAGCGGCGUGCCGAGGCUGCUGCUACCGCGGCGGCAGCGACAAAUCACUCAGCUGGCCCGUCGCCGCCACCGCCACAUGCUGCGCGCUCAGCGUCCUCGUCGUCACCAUCGCCGUCGCACCGCGAUUCGCCGAUCCCGGUUGUUGUCGAGCCCGAGGGCGGCUUCUGGUCGGCCGUCCUCUCGCCCAUCACCUGGAUGUUCCCAUCGUCGUCGUCGGCGCCGGCCUCAACGCCGCCUUCUUCGACCCGCCGCCGCCGCCGCCGCCGCUCUGCGACAUACGAGGACAAUGAGUUCCCUCCUGGGCAGACCAGUAUUGGUGCAGAGGCCUGGAAUGAACAGGGAGGUCGGGUGGCGUUUAUGCGGCCAAAGGAGUACGCGCCGUCGCCGGCGUUCCUCCGCGACGGCAUCGAGGCCGGUGAUGUGUGCCAGGGCGCGCUCGGCGACUGCUGGUUCCUCGGCGGGCUCUCGGUUGUAGCAUGCCGACCGGACCUGCUCCGGCUUGUGCUGCCGGAGGACUACGGGGUGAGCGGGAUCGACUCGGGCAAGUUUGCCUUUCGGUUCUUCAAGUUUGGCGAGUGGCACGAUGUGGUGAUCGACGACCGGGUGCCGGUGGGCAACAACGGCCCGUUGUUUGCAUCGGGCAAGGAUCCGGACGAGGUCUGGGUCUCGAUGAUCGAAAAGGCGUAUGCCAAGCUCCACUCGUCGUACUCGGCCCUCAUCGGCGGAUGGGUGACCGACGCGCUGGUCGACAUGACCGGCGGCGUGCCGCGGACGAUCAACUUUGAGGACAUUUCCGACGACGUGGCGUCGGGCGCGUUCUGGGACCAGCUGAUGUACAACCAGUCGUCGGGCCAGUACCUGAUGGGCUGUGCGCGGGCGACGUCGGGUGCGCGCGAGGUUGACACUGGGCAGGGCAUCCUGCAGGGUCACGCGUACGGCAUUCUCGACGUGGUGGUCACCUCGAGUGGCGACCAGCUCAUCAAGUGCCGCAACCCGUGGGGCUGCUCCGAGUGGAAGGGCGCGUGGUCGGACGACUCGUCCGAGUGGACCCCGGCGCUCAAGCAGGAGCUGAACAUGGUCGAGGCCGACGAUGGCGUGUUCUGGAUCAGCUACGACGACUUUGUGCAGCAGUAUUCUAAGAUUUACGUUGUCCGUCUGCUCGACGACACGUGGAACCAGUACCUGUACAAGACCAGGUGGGCCGGCUCGAACGCCGGCGGAUGCUGCAACCACUCGACGUGGACCAACAACCACCAGUUUAUCAUCACGCUCGAAGCCGAGGCCGAAGUCAUUCUCUCGCUGCAAAUCCGCGACCCGCGGCAGACUGGCCGCAACGACAUGUACAUCGGGUUCUGUCUCUUCAAGUGCGACGGCUCGCGGGUGACCUCGUACCGCAAGCCUGUCCUCCAGUCACCCAUCUCCAACAUGCGCGAGGCGGUCAUGGAGGCGACGCUUGCACCAGGCUCGUACGCCAUGCUGCCGUUCACCUUUGAGGCCGGCCAGGAGGGCGACUACUUUGUCUCCAUCUACUGCCGCGACGACCUCGAGGUGACCUCGACUGAGGGCCUCCAGCCGCUGCCACCGCGCCCGGCCGCGCCCGCAGGCGUCGGCGACCCUGGCGCGCUUGCGCCGACCGGCCCUGUUGUGGGUGGCGACGACUUUGACGACUCGUCGUCGUCCGGCCCGUCGAUGGGCCGGACCGAGGUCCCGCCCGACGACCCAGGCAUCGUCUCGCCCGAGAUCAUUGCCAUCGCCAACCAGCUCAAGAAGCGCUACAAGUGGGCUCAGAACAUGGACCUCGACGCCGUCAACAAGGCCUUGGCCAAGGGCGACAUGGCCGCCGCCGCAAAGGCCUGCUGUGCUAUCCAGUAG